UGACUCAGGUUUCAGAUGACCUGAACAUGUGUAAAGAUAAGACAUGAGAGUUUUAGCACAGCUGCUGUUUUUGUUUUUGUUUUGUUCUUAGACUUUCUCUGUUUACUUUGUUAGCUUGUUAGCUCUUAGCAAUGUCAACGUGGCGCAGGCUGCAGGUGAAGGUGUGCACGGCUCACGGAUUACUUACCUCCAGACGGGUGACAGAGAGGCACACAUGGCUGUCCGGACGUUUACCCCCAUGUCAAAGCUUAAGUACAGGCACACCUCUCCGAAAUGACUUCUUCAAAGACCUGGAGGCGCAGCUGGCGGCCAUGAGGAGGAAGGCUGCGGACGCUCUGCCGGGGAGCUCCUGGAGUCCCUUCGAGGUGAACCCGAACCUGCCGCCGGAGAGGGCCGACAUUGUGAUCGUGGGGGGCGGCGUGAUGGGCUGGUCCAUCGCCUAUUGGCUGAAGCAGAAGGAGUUCAGCCGAGGAGCAGUGAGGAUAGUUGUGGUGGAGAAGGACCCAACGUACUCGAAGGCGUCCACCGUCUUGUCUGCUGGCGGGAUCCGACAGCAGUUCUCUCUACCCGAGAACAUCCACAUGUCGCUGGCGUCCGCAGACUUCAUGAGAAACAUCAACGAACACCUCGGCGUGUUGAAUGAAGACCCCGUCGACCUGCAGUUCAACCACUCAGGAUACCUCUUCCUGGCCAAUGAGGAGGUGGCUCACAUCAUGGAGGAGAACUACAGCACCCAAAGGUACGCAGGAGCCAAAGUGACUCUCCUCUCUCCGACACAGCUGAAGGAGAAAUUCCCCUGGGUCAACACGGACGGUGUGGCGCUCGCUUCAUAUGGGCUGGAGAACGAGGGCUCGUUUGACCCGUGGACUCUGCUGAACGCCUUCAGAAGAAAAGCCAUCUCUAUGGGAGUCAUUCAGUGCUGUGGAGAAGUUACAGGUUUGAAAUAUAUGUCAUCCAUCGUGACGACCGCCGAUGACGAACGUCUGGAGCUCCGGAGAAUCAAAUCUGUCAGAGUGCACAUGCCUAACAGCAUGGAGUACCAGCCCGUGGAGUGUGCCAUUGUGGUGAAUGCAGCGGGAGCCUUUUCUGGGAAACUGGCAGAGAUGGUGGGAAUGGGCUCCGGCCCUAAAGACAGCAUCGCUGAAAUCCCUCUGCCCGUCGAGCCUCGCAAAAGGUUUGUGUACGUGGUCCACUGUCCUGACGGUCCGGGUCUCGACACACCUUUCCUGGUCGACUACUCUGGAGUUUACUUCAGGAGAGAGGGCUUAGGAGGGAACUACAUCGCCGGGGCUUCACCGGAGGAGGCGGACGAGCCCGACACCGGUAACCUGGAGGUGGAUCACCAGUUCUUUGAGGAAAAAGUCUGGCCCAGCUUGGCCCACCGUGUUCCUGCCUUUGAGAAACUGAAGGUGACCAGUGCAUGGGCCGGUUACUACGACUACAACACCUUGGAUCAGAACGGCAUCAUCGGCAUUCACCCGCUCAUCCCCAACAUGUACUUCGCCACAGGUUUCAGCGGACACGGCCUGCAGCACUCCCCCGCGGUGGGUCGGGCUGUAGCCGAGCUGAUCCUGGACGGGAACUUUCAAACGUUGGACCUGAGCCCGUUCGGGUUCAGACGCAUUUUGGACCAGGAGCCGAUGCUGGAGAGGAACAUCGUGUAGAGCGGCUCGGACCUUCAACACUGCUGCCAAAGACACACGAUGGCACCUUUUAGUCUUAUUUUUAAGUUCUGAUCUCCUCCAUGUUUAAUUUAUUUAACAGAUCAGUGAUCUCUGGGAAUGUAGUCUAAGACCGCUGUCGGCUUCUUGUUUCUCACCAACAGUCACUGAUCCUCAAGAACAUUUGUUUAAACCAACAAACUGAACAACUUAACCUCAAUACAACUUCAAAUAAUGUGUUGUUGCACCAUGUACCUUUGGUUUGAAAGCGUAUCCGAGAGAAAAGAGUGUUUUUAUGAAAACGUCACCUGUUGGCAUUCUCAGUACAAACAUCAUGGCAGAGGAUAAAAUGCAUGAAGACGACGUUGACGAGGGAGAAAAACCAAGCGGCGACCUCCAGUCUUUAAAAAUGAAGCUAAUGCAGAAGUACAAAAUCCUGUAGUUCAUCGAGUGUCCACUAGAGGCUGGCUGCAGGAACACAGGAAGUCACAUACACACCACAGGCAAUAAAGACGUUUUUACAGCAUAAAUAAACAUGUUUACAGCCUGGUACAAAAAGACAAAUAGGUCUGAUUAGUUGUUGUCGUCAUGGAUACACAAUGUACGGGGUUUAUUUUUUUAUAAACGAUACGUGUUAUCCAGAGUUAGGCGUGUAGCUGACCUGAUUGACAGGUGGGUGUAACGGUUCAUCAGGAGGUUUAAAACCCGCCUCAGCUCUCAGCCUGUCGUUAGGUUGACGGAAAGUUAGACUUAAGAUGGACAUUUUACCUCAACCCCCUCCCGUUGUACAAAAGAUGAAGCCUAAUUACCUCCAGGGACAGAGGCGGACAUAUUGUGUUAAGAGUCAGAGUCUGUGCAGUAGGGAUCAGCUGGAAGAGCUGGGGUAUUGAUGUCCAGUCGCUUUAACAGUGGAAACACAUUUAUCUUACCCACUAAACAGAAAGGUUUCCUCAGGUCAGUACGGUCCACAGCAGAACAGAUUGUUGUGCUGAUCUGAAAUUGAAGACGUUGGACUCUUAUCUCUGUCAGCUCUGUGAAGACGAUCAGAAAAUGAUUCACAAAUACCAGGAACAGGAGCUGCCUCUUCUCUGGAAACCUUUAUUGCUUAAGAGGGAGAAGAAAACAUUUGGAUUGAUACAGUAUAAACUGUAAUACAGCCAAACAAUCGCUUUCAGGUUUCAUUUUUAUCUUAUUUUCAUGUGAACAUUAGUCAGCAUCGUUAGAUACACACACAAACAGAAAAAAGGAAACUCUCUCCAUACUCCUCCACUCCCACCCCUAUACAGAAAAUAAAACAACAAAUAUACAGAAAUCAUAAUCAAAUAAAACUAAUUGAAUAAAACAAAAAACUAGAAAACUUAAAUUUUCAAUUUGUGUAAAUAUUCUUGCACAUACACCAAACCUGCAUAUUUUAAAGCUGAAGGCACCAGAAACAAAAACAGCGACAGAGUUAUGUGAGCAGUUACUUAUUAAGUGUGUAGUUUGGGCCUUCUCUCUUCCAAGACUAUUUUUGAAAACCACUCUGGGGAAACUUUCAAAGUAGGAAACUAAUGGUAGCCAAAGGUCUUGAAACGUGUCCUCGGUUGUAUUUUUCUAAAGUAAGUCUCUAAAGGUAACAAAACUGAACGUUAGUCUAUUCAGGUUUGAACCUGUUGGUGCUAAUCAGCUGAAGUGGAAACAAUUCAAUCAUAAUUAAUCAUAAUCAAACGUAGUUGUUGUUCACACUUUGUCUUUGCUUAUCAAGUUCUGUUCUUUUUAAAAGUCAUUCAUGUUUUAAUUAUUUUAUUUUGACAGACUGAUGUUUCUCAGUUUAGUAUUAAUCUAUCAAAGUACUGAAUCUUUAUCAUGAAUAAAAAUCUUAAUUGUG